UAAAUACCGGCGUACACAGGAAUCUACCAGGCUAAGUGGACCCGAACUUUUAACUGGGCAAACUGUGGUAUUCUCCAACCGCAGGCAGUUCACCGCGGCGCACAGAUGAGGCUUACUCUGACCAGAUGUUAGCAUGUAGUUUUGGUACACACACUGCGCCGUUUCGACUUAAAAACAUGAUUUACUGACACACAUUAACAUCCUUCAACUGCCGAAAAAUAUCAGCGUGGUCUAAUGUGUGUUACUAGAGAGUUUCUGUAAGUUUUCCGUUGUCGCUACUUUAUACUCCGUGGGGAUGUGAAGUCAACAAACAUAACAAACAUACCCUCAGCACGCAGGGUUAGGGUUAGCUAGGUGCUGACACAGAGGAGAGUUGAAGUCCUGACUUCAGGUUGGAAGUAAAGUCCUUUCAUCAUGGCACUGGCUGGAGUGAGAGUCAUCGAGCUGGCAGGCCUGGCUCCGGCUCCUUUCUGUGGCAUGAUCCUGGCAGACUUUGGAGCAAAGGUGAUUCGCGUGGACCGCACCAAGGUUUCUAUGGCAUUGGACAAACAAGGACGGGGGAAACUGUCUGUGUCCAUCAACCUGAAGACAGCAAAGGGUGUCGCUUUGCUCAAGAAGCUCUGUGUCCAGUCUGAUGUGGUCAUCGAGCCCUAUCGUAAAGGUGUGAUGGAGAAGCUGGGACUUGGUCCAGAUGAUAUGUUGAAGGAAAAUCCUCGUCUCAUCUAUGCUCGGUUGACGGGGUACGGGCAAACUGGGACAUAUGCCAGUGCAGCCGGGCAUGACAUCAACUACCUCGCCAUGUCAGGCCUUUUAUCUCGACUGGGACGCAGUGGAGAGAAACCCUAUGCUCCACUGAAUCUGGUAGCAGACUUUGCAGGCGGUGGACUCACUUGUGCCCUGGGAAUAGUCAUGGCACUGCUGGAGAGGACCAAGUCAGGGAAAGGUCAAAUCAUUGAUGCUAGCAUGGUGGAAGGAGCCGCAUAUGUUGGCUCAUUUAUAUGGAAAGCUCGUAGUCUUGGUAUGUGGGACCGUUCUAGAGGCGAGAACAUGCUGGACAGUGGAGCGCCCUUCUACGAUACUUACGAGACGUCGGAUGGAAAGUACAUGGCUGUGGGCGCCAUAGAGCCGCAAUUCUACCAACAGCUGCUUCAGGGUUUAGAGUUGGAUGCUGGAGCGUUGCCUCCUCAAAUGAGCUUCAGUGAUUGGCCAGGGCUGAGACAGAUAUUCACCGAACGUUUCGCUGAAAAGACCCAGGCAGAAUGGUCGAGGGUGUUUGACGGAACCGAUGCCUGUGUCACACCUGUGUUGUCUUUCGACCAGGUGAGCUCACACCCACAUAACCAGGAAAGAGCUUCUUUCGUGGCGGACUCCGGUGGCGAAGAAAGCCCCCGCCCUGCCCCGGUUCUCUCUCGCACCCCUGCAGAGCCUUGCCUCACUCCUGACCCUGUCAUUGGAGAGCACACUGUCAAGGUCUUAGAGGAGUAUGGCUUUACGUCAGCAGAGAUAAAGCAGAUGUUAGGGGCAGAUGUCAUAGAGUGUAAUGCAAGCAAAGCAAAGUUGUAGCGGAGAAAGAAAGUCACACUUUGUCAAGAUUUUAGGGCAGACAGUGUAGAAGAGAUAGACUUUUUCUGUUUGCUCUGGACACACUGUAACUGAAAUAAAUAAUUGAUUCAGAAUGAAUUAGCCAGUGGGUCAUGUGCUUGGGGAUUUGUCCAUCUGCAUUCUCCUCUUUUGUUCUACUGCGGUCCUCUGAAUCAUGUACUAAAAUGAAGACUACAUAAUAAAUACUUCUAGCUCA